AUGCUAGUGCGCACCCAGGUCGUCUCGCCAGCACCAAAAUCAUCCGUCCCUAUGCUGCUAACUGGGACGCUAUCGUCGUCCCCACCAGCCGCAAAAAAGUCAUGGGUGGAAUACGCUCCAAAUAGACUACGGCCAUACCUCUACUUGACGCGUAUCGACAAGCCCAUCGGGACCCUGCUCCUGUUCUACCCAUGCACGUGGUCGAUCACGAUGGCCUCCUACGCGCUGCAAACGCCGUUCACGACGCCGCUCACGUAUAUCAGCUUGUUUGGCAUUGGCGCGCUGGUUAUGCGAGGGGCGGGGUGCACAAUCAAUGACAUGUGGGACAAGAACUUGGACAAAUCUGUCGCCAGGACAAAAGAGAGACCACUGGCCCGAGGUGAUAUAUCCUUACCUCAAGCCGUCGGAUUCCUGGGCCUGCAGCUGAGCGCCGGCCUCGCCGUACUCACUCAGUUUAACUGGUAUAGCAUCCUGCUGGGAGCUUCAUCCCUCUCCGUCGUAACCAUUUAUCCGUUCAUGAAACGGGUGACGUAUUGGCCUCAGGCGGUCCUAGGGCUCGCGUUCAACUGGGGCGCACUUCUCGGAUGGUCCGCUGUGGCAGGCUCUGUGAACUGGAGCGUAGCUCUUCCCUUAUACGCCGGCGGUUUCUGCUGGACCUUGGUGUACGACAGCAUCUACGCCCACCAGGACAAAACCGACGAUGUCCAAGUUGGCAUUCGCUCGACUGCCUUGCUCUUCGGCGAGCAGACACGGCCGAUCCUCAGCGCGCUUUCCGCAUCCAGCAUCUCACUGAUUACUUUGGCCGGCUACCUGAAUGAGCAGGGUUCGCUGUUCUACGCAGGGACCACGCUCGCGGCGCUCCAGCUGGCACGGGUACUCAGGCGAACGGAUUUCGACAACCACGCCAGCUGCUGGAAGGGGUUCGUGGGCUGUGGCUGGUCGGGCUUCUGGGUAUGGAUGGGGGCGUUGGCAGACUACACUUUCGUCAUAGCUGGCUUGUCGUGA